UAAAUCAUUGUAUGGACUAUAUUCAGACAACAUUGAAUUUUUCACUAAUGAAAGCAAGGAUCUGAAGGACAGACAUACAGACCAUUCUAAAUGUUUUACUGUCUUACAUGGUUGUGAAAAUUUGACACCGUAUAGAACCUGUAUAUACAAAAAUCCCAUCUAUUUUUUUUGUUUACACAAUACAUUAAUUUGAUUAUUAUAUUUAUUUUUUUAAACAUGCAUUUCAAAUAAAUGGCUGACAUCCAGGUACACAACAGUAGCAACAACCCACUGAACGGACUGUCUGGCCCUCAUUUUUAUUCACGUAAAAUGAAAUAAUAGGCCUGUCUACCCUGAAAAUGGUCAAUUAGAGCGAAUUCUUACAUUUUCCACACCCCAGUCCAGUAGGUGGCGGAAAACCUCGUUUCUAUUAAUGUUCCAACGCCAUACCCCAUACGAAGAAGAUUUUGCUGUUUGUUGUCCAGUGACCGUCAAAGCAAUGCUAUUUAAUACUAAAUCCUUAUUCAUAUAAUGUUCUGAGUCUGACGGUGAUCAACAUGGCCGAGGAAGAGUUCACAGACAUAAAUGGCAACUCGAUUUCUUUAGACUGCCAAACUCAUUCUGCUUUCUGCAGAGAGUUCACAGUCACCUCGCCAAAACUGUCCUUGCGCAAGGUGAUGGUCUACACCUGUUUCAUAUGGUUAUUUGCUUAUGCUGUAUUUUUCUUCACCGAGAACACGGCUGUACUGUCGAGUGCCAUUAUCCUCACUUUGGUUGGGAUGAUGAUUCAUAUUCACUUCGUGAAGGUGGACCAUGAGACCCUUCUCAUAAUCGGUUCCCUAGGUGUCCAGCUGUCUUCAUCUUAUGCAUCUGGGCGAGAAAGCACGAUCUUCAUUGAGAUGAGCAAGCUGAAAGACAUUGUCAUCAACGAGGCUGUUUAUAUGCACAGCAUUAUAUACUAUCUGUGCAUUCUGAUCAAGGACCCAACAGAUCCUGAGACAGUGGCCAGUGUUGUCCCUCUUUUCCAGAGUUCAAAGCCUCGGCUGAAUUGUUUGGUUCAAGUGUACAGGAGCUGUCAAGAGAUUCUAGCACAGACCCGAUGACACAGAGGUAAUGAGUCUUUCUUUGAAACAGGAUAAAGAUCGGAGAAAAAAAACUCCAGAAUGAACCAUAAGUGUACUGUUGGUCAUUUUUGUAUUAUCUACACUACAUUUUUCUGUUACAUGUAGUGGUUUGUUAGAUUUUGCGGCCACAAACUUGCUGGCUACAGUACACCUGAUUUAAAAACAUUAUUUUAUGAUCAGACAUUUCAUAUUUGUUAGUGCUUUUAUUAUUU